AUGGAGAUUGUUGAUUUUGUUCCUGUGUGUGGAAGGAUGAAGAAGCACAGAAGAAAAGGAGCAUAUCAUAAGCUUAAUAGCAGCACAGAGGAAAGUGAUGGUGUUGAGAAUGUUGGUAUGUUAAGGCCAAAGGUGAAAAUGGUUGAAGGCACACCCAGAGUUCAUCAACCAAAGAUUAGUAGGUUAUCCAUAAAUAUCUGGAAAAGGUUGAGAAAUGCUUAUGUGGAGCGUAUGCUUAGUUUGGCUGAACAUGUUGCGCACUUGAACAAUGGGGAAAUUUGCUUCCUCAACAAGAUCCAUGACGAUGAAGUUCAGCUCCUCAUAGCUUCAUCAAACUUGAGCUUUUGA